GGGAGUUGCCGUCGGGAAGAAAUGCGAAAGGAUGCUUGGAAGCAGUGAAGGCUACAGCAGGUAACCGAUAAGAUGGUGGCCAGGGAAGCGACUGGGCACAGCUACCUGGUGGCUUGCUGGCAGCCCAUUCUGAUCCUGAUGCUAGGCACUGUGCUGUCUGGCUCCACCACAGGCUGUCCAUCCCGCUGUGAGUGCAAUGUUCAAGAGCGCUCUGUGAUGUGCCACCGCAAGAAGCUCAUGACAGUUCCUGAGGGCAUCCCUGCAGAAACAAGACUGCUGGAUCUGAGCAAGAACCGCAUUAGAACCAUUAACCCAGAUGAGUUUGUCAACUUUGCCAACCUCGAACACCUGGAGCUCAGUGAAAACACGAUUUCCACUAUUGAACCCGGAGCGUUCAACAACCUUUACGGCUUGCGGACAUUGGGGCUGCGUAGCAACAAGCUUAAGUUGAUCCAGCUCGGUGUCUUCACAGGCCUAAGCAAUCUCACACAGCUGGACAUAAGUGAGAACAAAAUCGUCAUCCUGUUGGACUAUAUGUUCCAGGAUUUGUACAACCUUCGAUCUUUAGAGGUAGGUGAUAACGAUCUGGUUUUCAUCUCCCACCGGGCUUUUCAUGGCCUAAGUAGCCUUGAGCACUUGAGUCUUGAGAAGUGCAACUUGUCCUCUGUGCCAACAGAGGCGUUUACUCACCUCCACAGCUUGAUCACUCUCAGGCUGCGUCACCUCAAUAUCAAUGUGAUACGGGAUUACUCCUUUAAAAGGCUCUAUCGGCUGAAAGUGCUGGAAAUAGCAAACUGGCCAUACUUGGAUACCAUGACCCCUAAUUGCCUGUAUGGAUUAAAUCUCACCUCCCUGACGAUUGCAAAUGCCAACCUGACCACAAUCCCUUAUGUCGCCCUGCGACACCUGGUUUAUUUGCGCUUUCUUAAUCUUUCAUAUAAUCCUAUCCAUACCAUUGAGGGGAAUAAGCUCCAUGAUCUUCUGCGUCUCCAGGAGUUCCACCUGGUGGGAGGCAGACUGGCAAUGAUUGAGCCCUACUCGUUCCGUGGUCUGAACUACCUGAAGAUUCUAAAUGUGUCUGGGAACUCUCUUACCACUUUAGAGGAGUCUGCUUUUCAUUCAGUCGGAAACCUGGAAACCCUCGCCUUGUAUGAUAAUCCCCUGGCCUGUGACUGCCGACUGUUAUGGGUUUUCAGACGACGCUGGCGACUGAACUUCAACAGGCAGCAGCCCACCUGUGCCUCUCCCGAGUUCGUCCAAGGCAAAGAAUUCAAGGACUUCCCAGAUGUUCUGCAGCCAAACUACUUCACAUGUCGCAAAUCAAGGAUUAGAGAUCGCAAGCCCCAGCAGAAGUUUGUUGACGAGGGAGCCAUCGUUCAUUUUGCUUGUCAAGCAGAUGGGGAUCCUGCUCCAGUGAUAAUGUGGCUAUCCCCACAGAAAAAGUUCAUCACCAGCAAGACAAUUGGAAGGCUCUCCGUGCUGCCAGACGGUACCCUUGAGGUGCGCUAUGCCCAGAUUCAAGACAAUGGAACAUAUGUGUGCAUAGCUAGCAACGCAGGCGGAAAUGACACCUCCCUUUCCCACCUGCAUAUCCAUAGCUACUCGCCCGACUGGCCACACCAGCCCAAUAAGACGUUUGCCUUCAUUUCCAACCAGCCCACAGAAACAGGUGCUAAUGGCACAAGGGCCAACGUCCCUUUCCCGUUUGACAUAAAGACGUUGAUCAUUGCGACAACAAUGGGCUUCAUCUCUUUUCUCGGUGUUGUGUUGUUUUGUCUGGUACUGCUCUUCCUUUGGAGCAGAGGAAAAGGCAACACUAAGCACAAUAUUGAGAUUGAGUAUGUGCCACGGAAAUCCGACGCUGGCAUGAGCAGCAGCACAGUGGAUGCUCCUCGCAAGUUCAACAUGAAAAUGAUUUAA